AUGCAUAUUUAUAAUGAAUUUAAAUCAUCAUUUAUUAGCAUUGCUUGUAUUGGCUAUAUUUUCUUUGUUAGUGGUUUAAUUAUUAAUUUUUUACAAUUAUGUUCUUGUAUAAUAUGGCUAUUCAAUAAAGAAUUAUAUCGAAAGAUUAAUUGCUAUUUAGCAUUAGGCAUUUGGAGUCAAUUUACAUUCCUGGGACAAUGGUGGUCACAAAGUGAUUGUGUACUCUAUAUAAAUCCUGAUGAUCUCGAAAAAGUUCGUAAAGAACAUGCCAUUGUUAUAAUGAAUCACAAGUAUGAUAUUGAUUGGUUAGCUGGUUGGAUGAUUUGUCAACGUCUUGGUAUAAUGCAAGGAUCAAAAAUAGUUGGUAAACAAUCACUUAAACUUGUGCCUAUUGUUGGUUGGUGCUGGAUAUUCACUGAAUCAAUAUUUCUACGACGUAUUUGGGAAAGUGAUCGUGAAACACUUGUGAAAGAUUUACGAAAAAUACUUGCUAAUUAUCCAGAAAAUUAUUUUUUUAAUUUUUUACUCUUUUGUGAAGGUACACGUUUUACUGAGAACAAACGAAUAACUAGUAUGAAAACCGCACGAGAAAAAGGUUUACCAGAACUUAAACAUCACAUAUUGCCACGGACAAAAGGGUUUACAUUGUUAUUGCAAGGAGCAGAAGAUCGAAUUACAGGAAUAUACGACUUGACUGUUGGAUUUAAAAAGAAUGGAGCUGAACCAACAUUUUUAAGCAUACUAAAAGGUCGUUCUUGUCAAGCUGAAAUGUUUAUUCGACGUAUUCCAAUAUCUGAAAUUCCGAAAGAUACUCAAGGAUGCAGCGAUUGGGUUCAUAAAUUAUAUGGAGAGAAAGAUAAAAUUUACGAUUACUUUGUUCGUCAUGAUACAUUUGAAGGUAAUGGUAUCGACCGUGUUACAAUUCCACGUAAUUAUUAUGAUUUAUUAAUUCAACUUGGUUGGGUGAUAAUCGUCGGAAUUCCAUCAAUAUUUUAUCUUAUUAAAUUUCUUUGGACAAGUUCUUUAAUUGCUCAAUUCAUUUUUCUCAUUUUAAUUAUUCUCGCAACAAUUGGUGUACGAGCUAUGAUUGCUGUGACAGAGACUGAACGAGGUUCACAAUAUGGUGAAACACAGAAGGAGAAUUAA